AUCAGUCAUUAUAUAUCACGGUCGCAGAUAUAAAUCUAAGUUGGUUUAAGCAUAACAUACAUGUUUAAGCAUUUAACUAUAUUAUUCAUGAACAUUUUGGAAUCUUAGAUGUUCAAACGACUUUACAUGCAUAGCUUCAAUAGAGAAAUUGUGCUAUACGUAUCCUUUUGUAGUAGACGGAUUCCAGAGUUUGAUGUUUCAAGAUUUAUUUUCCUUUUGAUAUAUACACAUAACAAUGCAAUCAGUGUAUGAUUCAUUAGGAGAUUAUGAUGUCUUCAUCUCCACGGUGAUGAUUUGAACUUGAUCCAUCUAUGCUAAACCUCCAUGGCUUUUCCGUCAUCGUUAUAGUAUCAUCAAGGUUCCUUUCUUGAACCCAAAACUCUUACCAGGACUUGUAUCUUUGUCCACAUCUUUUUCUUGAUCAUCAUCACAUGCCAAAAGCGUCUUUGUUGCUGUUUUUCAUUAAGCCAUUAAGGUCUAGAGAGACAACUUCUGAUAAAUAACUCUUGGACACCAUCAUCUUUAUUAUCUUCCAUAAGCUUUCGUCUGAUGCGAUUAGCUCUGACUCUUCUGUGGAUGGUCAUAUGCCCUCCUAGUGCUUGAGCAUUUGAGAAACCCUUUAGCCAGAACCUGCAUAUGUAAGAUCUUGACAGGGAAUUGUACUCGCUUUAAUGACCGUGUCUCGAUACGCGAUCGGAAUAAUCAUCCUGGGUUUUAGGGUUUUUUUUUAUUUUUUUUUCAUAUAAUAUUUAGGUUUCUUCUGUAAAAAUAAAGAGAAAUAUGAAAAAAGGAAAAUUGUGAAAAUUUAGCACUAUGGUGAAGGAAGAACAGGUGAGAGGAUUGUCUAAUUGAUUUCAUAAAAAAAAAUGAAAUGUAUCAACUCGUUAAUUGCGAUGGCUCUAAUCAAAAUUUACAGUUCCAAGACGACAAAACAAGAAAAUGAAACAACCGUUGAUCUAUGUCAUUACAUGAAUAAUUUACUAGUGUUUUAUAGUCAUUCUAUUCCGAAAAUAUCUAUGUUUUAGUAUUUUCUGUGAUGUUAAUGUAUUAAGAGUAUUAUUUCCACACCUAAAAUCAUGGCACAAUAAAAAAAAACACUUUUCGUCACUCUUCGUCACCCUAUCUUAUCAUCUCAGCUAGUAUAGCAUCUGCUGGUUAUUAAAGUUUUUACUUAUCUCAACUUAUAUAAAUAUUAUCAGAUGAUAUAUGCAAGUUACAUUGGUGUUAAUUGUUUUUUAUAUAUUGCAUGUUAACUUCAAAUUGAUAUCAAACGUAUAACUCUCAGGAAUUUCAUUGGAAGCAUAUCUAAUCACCAUAAAAUUACAUAACUGCAUUAAUACUUGGAAUUCAUCGAAACUUUGAUUCACAUAUCAACUAUUGAAAAAGACGUGUUAAAAUUAAUAUAUUAUCGUGAAAUCAGUUUCCUUUUCACUUGCCUCAAAUAAUGAUGUUAAAAACAAACUAACCUAUUCGUUAUCGUGUCACCGUAUACGUAUUGUAAGUAAGGAGAAGGUAAUCCGCAUCCCGAGGAUUAAAAGUUACGCUGACUCACACAUAUAUAUGCCUAGCUAUGCAAUUAAACUUUAAACCUCAGGAUGCCGAUUACCCGGUCCUCACCAAUACUCGCCAUAUAUAGAUGCAUAACUUCUUUCAUUUGCUUUUAUCUUGUAAGAUCUCGUUUUUUUUAAUCUUUAAAAGAUCUCGUUUUAGGAGUUCUUGUUGUUUUGUUUUCGUUGUUGAUAAGAGCAUGUACAUCAGUGAACCCCAUGGGAGGGGUUCACAAAGCAUUUUUUUAUUAUUUUUUUUCUGUUUGAAUUUUGUUUAAAAAAAAAAAAAAAUUAAUCGGACCAAUCGCGGGUCGCCACGCGCCGUGGGACCCGCGCUACAGUGUUGACCCGGGUUCAGUGCAGUGAACUUGCAAGAGACAGAUUCACCUUUUUUACUUAUUUUAAUAUUUUUUUUUCGAAAACCGUGUGAACUCCCCCAUUGAACUCUCAAUGGGGAUGCCCUAAGUUACUAGGAAAUUGUGAGGCCAAAUAGUAUGUGAGAGAAGAUGCUUAUUCGAAAGGUUUAAUGCUAUGAGAGCAUAUACAUGUUUUCAGGUUUUAUCGUGCAUUUGUAUGUUUUAAUCUUAGCUUUGUUUAAGUAAAUGUUAGAGCUAUAAACUUACGCGUAGGAUACUAGGAUCGAUGUAGAAUUUGUCCUCGAAAAAUUAUAGCGUCUUUAGGAGGAUAGCUAUAUUUGAUUGCUACUAGAAAAAAAUGUGUAUAUAUGAUUUCUAUGUGAGUUUCUUAUAUCUAACUCAGAUUUAUUAAGGCAUCAUUUACAACUUUCGCAAAAUGUGUGGUUGUGAGUUUGGAUACGGAACGUAAACUUUAUUUCAAUCAAGACGAAACUAAUUACCUUUCACUUUGUUAUGAUAGUAUGAUAGGGUCCAGGGACAGAGCAUAAGUAGAAAAUAUCUUUUGUUUUUGAGCUUGUCUUCACAUGAGUUUCUGUCGCACAAAUGUGAUCUCCUUGUAAAACAUUAUUUUAAAUUCAGAAAUGAUAUUUUGUUUUGUUUUUAAAACGAUGAAACUAAUUAAAUAAGUCAUUUGAUUGCAUAUGUGAUGUAAUUUGCUUAAAAACUGUUUUUUUGUUAGUAUUAUUCAAAACUAAAUCUCUAUAUAGGCUGGUUUUUAAUACAAAGUUGUGUCGACAAAUAUAAAAAGGUCAAUGACAGGUCGAUGGAACUAAAAAUCAUGAGUUUUGAAUUCACAAUAUAUAUAUAUAUAUAUAUAUAUAUAUAUAUAUAUAUAUAUUACAUCCUACUAUAUAUUAAAUGAAAAGUCACUUUAGUGAUUUUUGCUUACGUGUCGAUCAUAUGUGAAUUCUUACAAAAUUGUUAUAAUUUGAUUGAUCGACGAUUUUUAACUUUUAUAUAUUUUAAUUAGAUCUAAAAAAAAAGUAAGUCUAUAACCAAUUAAUAUCACUUGUCAAAUAAUUUACAUAAUAUUACAAAUAAUGCUUUAUGGUAAUUAAUUGUUGAAAUUAUAGAAAGAUAAAUUAAUUGACAUUUUUUUAUAUAUCAAAGUUACAUAAAAUAAUAAAUGACAAACCUUUUAUAUAAAUCAAUAUAAUCAUUUUAUAUCCUUAUUUAAAAACAUUAUAUUUAUAUAAAUUAUCAUAAUGACUAUUAACAUCUUCUAAAGUUCAUAUUAUAUGAUUUAUAAAUCAUCUAGAAAAACAUUCAUCAAAUUAUUUAUCUUGGGUUAUUGUAUAUUUUAAAUUAUUAUAAGAGUUUGUAAUCAUCUAUAAGAGUUUAAAAUCAAAUCUAUAUAUAUAUCCUAUUAUAUAUUAAUUGAAAAGUCAUUUAAGAGAUUUUUGGUUAUGUGUCGAUCAUAUAUGAAAUCUUAAAAAACUGUUAUAAAUUGAUCUACAUAAUAUUACAAAUAAGUCUAUAAACAGGUAAUAUCACUUGCCAAACAAUCUAUAUAAUAUCACAAAUAAUUAUUUAUGGUAACUAAUUGUUGAAACUAUAAAAAGAGUAAUAAUGUUUGAUCAAUUUUUAUAUAUUUAUAAACAACAAAAAAUAGUAAACAAAAAAGUUUAUUAAAGUCUGAUAUAAUGAUUUUAUAUUCUUAUAUAAAGCCUUAUAUUUUUAUAUAAAGAAUUAUAAUAACUAUUAAUAUCUAAUAAAAUUCAUAGAUGCUUUAUAAAUCAUUUAUAAAAUUGUUUAUCUUUGCUUAUCAUAUGUUUUAAAUUAUGAUAAGAGGUUUUAAUUUAUUUAUACAAGCUUAUAAAUUAAUUUAUAAAAUAUAUUUUUAAAUUUCAUUUUAUAUUAAACAAUAAAUCACUUAAUUGAUUUUUUCUUAGGUGUUGAUCACAUGUAAAGUUUGAGAAAAAAUAUUAUAAGUUUAUUUGUUAAUGGAUUUUCAAUUUUUAUUUAUUUUAUGAGUACGAAAAUUAGUUCUAGAAAUAGUUGCACAAAAUAAUUUAUGGUAAUUAAAUAUGUGAUUUAUAUAAUAUAUAUAAUGCUUCAUAAAAUCAUUUUUAGCAAUCAAGUAUUUCUAAACUAUAUAAAAUAUUUCAAAAGUCUCAGUGUUAUAUACCUUCAAAACAUAAAUAAUUUUAUUAAAAAUUGAAUCAUGAAUAUUAUGCAUAACUAAAUUUAGUACAAUUAUCAAUACAAAAUAUCAAAAAAUAUUUAAAAUAGUCAUAUUUAUCUAUUUUAACAAUUAUUCGUAGAAACAAUAUUUAACAAAAACACAUAAUGAUAAAAACAUAUUUUAAUUUAAAAAAAUUAUGAUAUAUAUAUUGUUACAAAACAUUCAAACCCGCAAAACCGCGGGCAUCCACCUAGUAUUAAUUAUUUGAAAGCCCUUCUUAUUUUAAAUGUGAGGUUCCUAACAGAAUUCUAAAGGAAAAAAAAGCAAUUGAAUGCGGCAGCAUGUUAAACAUUGGUAAAUUUCAUGGAGCUAAACUCAAAACUAGUUUCUAAACUGGCAACUAUUUUGUAUAUAUAUAUAUAUAUUGUAAUUAAUCAACGUUUUGAUGUCGACCGAUCUAAUGAACCCACAAAUUAUUUUAUUACAACCACUUCAUUCGCAUAGAGUGUUUUCUGCGUAAUCACAAGGAAUAUAAAGCCUGAAAAGUAAAAGGAGGGAGCAUGAGACAUCAAAUCAUUAGAGAAAGGUUCUUUGUUCUCUAUGAGCCAAUGAUCAGAACUUAGGAUUAUGCUUUUUUCUAGACAAAUGAUAUUCGACUUCUUUUGACUGCCUUUUCUUGUUUAUUCUUGUUGCUUUUUAUAUACUAAAGAGAUCUUCCCUCGGAUCAUUAUUUGAACUGAUUCUUUUCACGAUUAUUGAUUUGUUUAGUUUGUAUAUAUAGGGAACUUUUUUUUGGGGGGGGGGGGGGGGGGGGGGGUGGGUGGGUGGGUGUGGUUUUAGGAUUAAUCUUACCUCCAGUGCAUCAUAUGAGAUGCAUCAUAUAAUAUCAACAGCAAAAAUAGUUUACAAGGUGGAAAAUUUCGAAGCAAUGGAAAAUUUUCAAUUGCUACACUCUCCUUAUUUGGUGCUGAUAUUUUUUUUCAUUAAAAAAAGUAAAAACAAUUACAUAUAUCCCGCAGGAUUAUAGCACCAACAGUUCGAAUCACACACGAUUCGCAUUGACAAAAUAAGCUACCAAUAGCAAAAAAUUAGACAAAAUGAAGAGACCAGUUUGAGAGAUAGGUUACUGUUGAAAGCAGAUUCCGUUGCUCCCGAGAUAGGAUGUCUAGUUUGGCUCGUAGGAUGAGACAUAUCUCUGAUAUCACCACCGCAGCCGGUCUAGAAACUUGAGAGUGAAGCCUUGUGUUCCUUUCUCUCCAAAUACCAUAGAUACAAGCUUGGAAAGCCAGUCUCACAAUAAACACAAUGUUGGAGUCUCUAGACGGGUCUUUCAACCAUCUGAUACCAUCAUCCAGCAAGGAAGGAGGUAAUAGAUGGAGCCUUGAGUAGAAGAAAGACCAAACCUCUGAGCUGAAGGCGCAAUCAAAGAAAAGAUGCUGCCUAGAUUCCAUGUUGGUUGAGCAUAGCGGACACUCUAAUGGGACAUGAAGUCUAACACGAGCUAGCACCCAAACGAGAAAAUCAUGCUUGGGUAUCCUUCCUUUAAACCAGAACACCUUAUGCCAUUCCACAACCAGGAGAGUUUCACUAACCUCCUGCCAUGUUGAUGCUGAUAUUUUGAUAAUUACGUUCUAAUUAGGGUUAGAAUUUAAAAUUUGUAUGGGUCUCAUAUAAACCAUGUUCUAUCAGCAGCUGGAAAAGACUAAUUUACUUUGUUGCUGGUCGCAGGUCUUUAACUCCCCUGGUUCCAAUAAAUAUUAAUAAUAAUCGGCCUUUUAGAUAUGAGUGUACAUUAGUUGGUUUCAAAUAAUUUUAUUAACCCUGAGAAUUUUUCUUCAAAUUAAUUGUAUACAUUUCUCACUUGAGAUCAACAUUUGAUAGCAAGGACAAAAAAGUUCUGCAUAUAUUACUAUCUUAGUCACCUAAGAUAGUGACAAACUGCUCUUGUGUUACUAAUGAAGUGAGGAAUUUUAUAUGUUAUUAGAUAUCCACAAUAUUAUAUACUUUUAGAAAUCUAUCGAUUUAAAGAAUUUUUUUUGUGGGUGGAAUUCUCAAUUUUUUUUUGUAAAUCGACUUUUAAAAUUAUAAGAAAAAUUUGUUUGUAUUUAAAAGUUGAAAGUUCAUAAAAAAAAUUGAUGAGAGAUUCUCUUAAGAAAUUAUAGUGAUACACUUAUAACUUAAUCGUCUUCUAGAGUUUCACUUCUUUAAUUCCACUAUUUUGUGUGCUAUGUCUACUUCUUUCGAGGAACUCAAUGAGCUAAAUGACAUAAACAAUCAUACAUUUUAAUGUAUUUCAGUAGGAAAAAUGUAAAAGGAAGAUUAUAUAUUAUAAUGUCUUGGUACGGAAAAAUAGAUUAUAAUGUUUUUCUUUUCUUUUAUUAAUUGGGCUUCUAUCAAAACAAACAAAAACAAAAGAGUAUUAAAAAUUACAUAGUUCAAGCCCAAGGCCUAUUGAUAGUCCAUCUGAUACAAGCUUAAAUUUGACAAGGAAAUUAUCUAGGUCAGACAAAGGAAGUUAUUUGAACCAGACAAUCAUGAGUUUACUAACCGAUACACACAAUUAAGAAUGGAGAAUCAGGAGAUGAAUUUUUACCGAUACUUUCAAAGGAGAAGAGCUUCGCGUUGAGAGUUUAUAAAGGAAUCUGAACCUGCUUACAAAACUUAGUCAACUAGUAAAAUCUCGAAGGCCUAAACCAAAGCCGAUACAAGACAUCAGCGAACAGGGAAAGUUAAAGAAUCUCGAAAGACUCGACCUCUAUUCCUAAUGACUGUGUUCUGUUUCAGCCAAUAUUACGGCCACCGCUCAAACUAUAUUACGAUGAAUACGAUCAUACGAUAAUUCCUUUCUGUGUAGAUCAUCUAGAUUGCUUUGCAUGACAGGUGAUAAGAUUGAGAGUUGCACUAACUACUUCAAUGCUAUUCUCCAUCGGAGUAAAAUCCGACGAAUGUUCCAUCCAUUCUUCUUUUGUACUAAAUUCUGAAGAGGUUUGUCGGUCGAGAAACUAACCUAGUCGUUAUGAAAUUUCGUAGCCCCAAAAAGAGAAAAGUAAUCUUUUACAAACAGUAGUCAUAUUUAUCUAUAAAAGUUUCAUUUUUCACAAAAAAAUACGGAAGGAUUCAAUAAAGAUUAAGUAGCAGUUACCCUAGUAUUAUUGUUUUUUUUUUUUGUAAAAUGGCAAAGUAGUAGUAUUAUUGUUGCUCGUUGAACACGGCAAAUGUAAAUAAUACACCUUCAAAAUUUGAAAACAAAGUAUAGAGUCACUCACCGCUAUUGUUGUACUGAAAAAUCUUCAUGUUAAGUAUAAAUGGUGUUAAGGACUAUUAUUAAUCGUAUUAAUUACAUAACGACGUGAAAACUUUAUUUGUUAGUUUCAAAAACUUUAUUUGUUUCGGAGUUUGCACCACGAAAUAUUCAGUCACAUGUUAAUAUAUGCUGCACGUUAGACACGCGGGAUAUUAUAUGUUCCAAACUCUGAAAAACUAAAUUAGUGAUCAACAUUAAAGAUCAUGCGGUGAAUCAUCCUAUAUAAAACUAAUAAUCAAAGAGGUCGUGCGAUGGAUCAUCUUACAUAUAUAUAUAAUAAUAACCAAAGAGAUCGUGCGAUGAAUCAUCCUAUGUACAAUAUUAUUUUGGUUUCGGCUCAACUUGCAGAAAAUAAAAGGAAAGUAGAGAAAACUAAACGAGGAGUAGCUAAAUAAGGUAUGCAGAUUCGAGAAUGAAUCAUUGAUAUAAGAAUCGUGAAUAGACGGCACUAGAGAAACUGGAUAGUUAAUAUCUGUUCACCAAAUUUUAGCAAAAAAAAAAAUAUCUGUUUAAACCGGUCCUAUAAUUUUGAGAAUUUUUUUUUGUAUAAAUUGUAAUAUAUUUAAACAAUUUAAAUAAAUUUAUGUUGAUUACAUUUUAAAAUUUUGAAAUAAAACCAAUGUUUAUUGGACUAUGUCUGGUUUGGAUUUGUAUUUAUUUUUUCUUUUUGUAAAUGAAAAAAAAAAACUAAACCUAACAAGUAGUAGCACUUGGACUAUGAGUUUAAAGAUGCAGUGGAGUGAAGGUUGAUUACUGUUACUCCAAUAUAAAAAAACACACAUCAAUGAAGAUUUAAUCGAAACUCGAUCUGGAUCUGCAGAGCACAAAAUCAAAAGAUGCUUAACGGGCCUGGUUGGCAUACUAAAAUAACAUAAACUUAGAAAUCAAUAAGUGAAAGGAAAUCACUAUAUAAAGAACCCCACUUAGAUGUAAAAGAAUCAUCCUAAACUUCUUUCUUGAAGAAGACAAAAACAACAAAAACAAAAAUGACUUUGCACAAAGUUCCUCUCAUAGGGCUGCUUUUGCUCCUAGCCAUUGUUGUCUCUCCGGCAACAGCUGACGGGCCUGUUUGCCCUCCUUCCACCAAACUUAGCCGGGCAAGUUUCCCUGAGGGUUUCUUAUUUGGCACGGCUACAGCGGCAUAUCAGGUACGAUAUAAGUUUCCAUUGAAUGAAACAUGUCGUGGACCGGCCUUAUGGGAUAUCUACUGUAAGAGAUAUCCAGAGAAAUGCAAAAACGAUAAUGGCGAUGUGGCCGUUGAUUUCUUCCAUCGUUAUAAGGAAGAUAUUCAGCUAAUGAAGAACCUAAACACCGAUGCAUUCAGACUCUCUAUCGCGUGGACAAGAAUAUUUCCUCAUGGAAGAAAGGAGAAAGGUGUGAGUCAAGCUGGUGUGAAGUUCUACCACGACGUCAUCGAUGAGCUCCUAAGAAAUGGUAUAGUUCCGUUUGUGACUGUUUUUCACUGGGACACUCCACAAGAUUUAGAAGACGAAUAUGGCGGCUUUUUAAGUGAGAGGAUUGUGAAAGACUUCCGGGAGUAUGCUGAUUUUGUUUUCCAAGAAUAUGGUGAUAAAGUGAAACAUUGGAUCACUUUCAACGAGCCAUGGGUUUUCGCUCACGCUGGUUAUGACGUAGGCAAGAAGGCACCAGGACGUUGUUCUGACUACGUAGAUCCUACGUGCAAAGGGGGACGAUCCGGAUACGAGGUUUACCUAGUCAGUCAUAACCUUCUUAACGCUCACGCAGAAGCCUUUGAAGCUUUCACACAAUGUGAAAAGUGUAAAGGUGGAAAGGUCGGAAUCGCACACAGUCCAGCUUGGUUCGAACCACAUGACUUUCAGGAUUCACAAGAUGGUGCAUCCAUAGGCCGUGCACUUGACUUUAUGUUGGGAUGGCAUUUGGAUACUACUAUGUAUGGGGACUAUCCACAGAUCAUGAAAGAUAUUGUUGGACACAGAUUGCCCCAGUUUACUGCUGCGCAGAAAGCAAAACUGAAAAACUCUGCCCAUUUCGUUGGCCUCAACUACUACACGUCCACAUUUGCAAACCAUGUCGAGAAUCCAGAUCAUUCUAAGCCAAGAUGGAAGCAAGAUUCUCUUAUUUCCUGGGAACCCAAGAAUUCAGACAAAUUCACCAUUGGUAGCACGCCUUCCACCGGUAAGCUACCAGUUUUUGCGAGAGGCUUUAGAAGUCUUUUGAAGUACAUCAAGGAUAAAUAUGCAAACCCUGAAAUUAUGAUCAUGGAAAAUGGAUAUGGAGAAGACCUUGGGGAAACCGAUUCAGUUGCAGUUGGUAUUGCUGAUCACAACAGAAAAUAUUAUCUUCAGAGGCAUCUUUUGAGUAUGAAUGAAGCUAUUUGCAUCGACAAAGUAAAUGUUACAGGAUACUUUAUAUGGUCAUUGUUGGACAACUUCGAGUGGAAUGAAGGUUACAAGAGCAGAUUCGGACUCUAUUACAUUGAUUUCAAAAAUAACCUUACACGUAUUGAGAAAGAAUCGGGCAAGUAUUACAGAGACUUCCUGAGCCAAGGUGUUCGUCCAUCUACGAUCAAGAGGGAUGAGCUUUGAUCUAUAUCUUCUUGAGGAUUUGAUUUAGUCUCAAUGUUUCGAUCUCUUCUUUUUCAGUUCUUCUUUAGUUUGUGAUUGACCAAGAUUCAUGAGGUCUUGGCUAGAAUAAAAGUGUUUUCUUUUUUUUUUCAUUUCUCAAUGCUUUGGAACUAUAAUAACAUUAUCCCUUUGGAGAAGUCGCUUUAUAUGUCAAGACACAUCCUUAACUUA